AUGGGGAACACGCUAUACAGCAGCACAGGGUGCAGCACCACCCAGUUGGACGAUAUUUACGCCAAGUAUUUAAAUAACCUCUACAACAUUUAUAGUUACUUGUUUAAGUACGAGCAUUUCGUUUUUAUGAAUUGCUAUGCGUUGAAUUCCUUUUGCCAUGUUUUGGAGGGCAUCAACAACAACGAGGGGCACGUGCUCAUAAAAGUGUUCAAGCUGAGAGGCGAAACGCAGAAAAUAAAAAGAAUCCUGUACACGCUGAAGUUUCUCUUCUCCUUUGACCUCUUCCCAAAUGUGCUGCCCUACAACCGAAUGAGUGUGUACGAAAACAACAUUUACAUCUACAGAACGUUUGUGUUUAAGAGUCUCGAUCACUACCUCUUCAACGAGAGGAAGAAGAAGCCCUUCAGCCACUUCUUCUUGUUUCAGAUUUUUCUUGCGAUUAUCCAGCUGCACUCGCUUGGUAUUUACCAUGGCCAUAUAAAGAGCGAAAACUUUCUCCUGCAGAACAACAUGCACAUCCUCAUAACGGACAUAAACAUAUUGAACAAAUAUCUGUACUUCAUUCCAGGUGUUGGGUAUGUGUGCGAAGACAAGUGGAGCGGCCUACUGCAGCGCCUGCAGAGGCUUCAGGACGAUGUCUUCAACCUCGGGAUCCUGCUCCUUGAAAUUAUGCUCUGCGAUAAAAGUGUCUCGUACGCAUUCCUGAAAGAAAACUAUCAUGACAGGAACGAGUGCAACUUCUAUCGGGGUAGAAGUAAACAAGGCAUGUUCCAAUUUGUAGGAAGUGCAAACGGGGAAGAGAAAACCGUCGGAAAAGGCCAAACCAGUGCUAAGGUCAAAAGAAAGAAAAAAAAAGAAGAUAGACACUGUCGCUUUCCCAGCAAUGGCAGCGUGGAAAGUGCGGAUCGAAUAAUGGACCUAUCGACAAAGAAGACGAGCCACAACUUCGUGCACGCCCUCUCCCUACCCUUUAUAAAUAAGAGGAUAAAAAACGAGGAGGAGAGUUAUUUUCAAGAAAACAAGCACGUCAAGAUGAAUAUAGACAAAUAUAGACAUUACAAUUACCACUACAUUAAUAGCGUCAAUUAUAUUAACAUCUACAACGACUUCUACAACAAUGGGACGUUGCAUCCUGUGAGUGAAAACAACUCGCAGAGGGAAAGCCUCACUGAUGGAGGCAACCUCGAGAAUGAGGUUCUUUAUAGGAGUAGGACUGCUCUAUACCGGCGAGGGGAUGUGGCCGAUUCGUUGGGGACAUCUCCCCAUGCAUACAGUGCUUACGAGGUGCUCGGGGGAGAGACCAAGGGAGGGAGGAGGAACAGGGCCACGUACAGCGGACUCGAUUUCCACGUGCCGCGAGAGUGGAGCUCCAGUAGCUGCGGCAGCUCAGGCAGUUUCAGCAGCUUCGAGGAGGCGGCAGAUCCGGAGGUGAAGCAGUCCCCAAUUGGCGCUGCGAAGGGUGGCGGGGGAGAGAUUGGCUUGGGAGACAUUGACGCUGCAAAGGGCUCCGGGGGACAAAGGGAACGAGCGCCGCCCCCUCGCAGACGCGGCAAACAGACGGAGAAAAGAGAGAAGGGAGUACCCUACAAAAUCUGGAAAAUUGUUAACGUAGUAAAGCACCCAUUCAUCGUCUACUCCCUGAUCAAUCACUUCUUCCUACAGAAGAGAAAUAACAUUUUUAAAAUAUUCCAAUAUUGGUCCUAUUAUGUCUUCCCGAGUACUUACAAAUAUGUGUUUUUUCCUUUGACGAUUUUGCAUCUGCACCCGGUGUUUAAGAAUGCCGACUUCUUUAUCCUGCUGCUUCAUUUUAACUUGCCGUUCAUUUUGUUUCACCUGGAUUUAUUUGCACGAAAGGAACGGGACAAAUAUGAUAUGCUAAAGAUGGGGGGCAGGGAAAAUAGGGAAGACGCAAAGAGUACGUGUAGGAUUAAUCAGCGGAGGUGCCACGCACGUGAUGGAGGUGGCAGUUCGGAGGACACACACCCGUCGUUAAGGUGUACACAGGGAACAAAAGAGCCACCUCAGCAAACGGUGCAGCAGACGGUGCGGCGGAGGCAACGACAGGGGCCGUACGCGGGUCGCCUCGCCCACUUCGUGGACGUGGUAGGGGAGUUCACCACGGGCGUUAACAAGCGGCAGAUGGAGGCCUACAUCAGGGACAGUGAUUUGGGAGACCUCGUGAAGAUGCAGCUGCUGCAGCAAUGGCGCGCGAACAGGCGAGAGGCCAAGGGGAGAAGAGGCCGAACCAGGGGAGAGUACAACUCGUCGUGCCACUUCCCGUUUCCCACCCUAUCGUAUCAGAACGCCCACCAAUUUUACAGAAACUUCUUGGUCUUCUACAAGACGAUCUUUAAUGCAAUUUUUCACCAACAGCAGAGCUACAUUGAUAUAUUUAGCAGCUUGGAAAUCUGCAAGAGGGGCAUUUACGCGCCCCUCUUUCGAGCAGCCUAUAUCAGGCGAGGUCCUCACCACCGGGGCAACAAUCCAAGGAGGCGGAACAAUCCCUGCAGGUGGAACAAUACAAACAAGCUGAAGCAUCCCAAUGGUUUCCGCCCCCCGAAGUGGAGCUUCAACGAAGACAUACUCCAACUAGCAAACAUGAUAAUCGUCUCGUACUGCUCCCUUGCAUACGAGUCCACCAAACUGCUUUGCCUCGAAAUGCUCUACUGCAUAAUUUCCCACCUCAACGACAGUACCCUGAACAGAGAACUGGCCUCUUUCCUACUUUUUUGUAUGAACAAAUCAGGUGAAAAAUUAAAAGUUAUAGUCAUCAAAUGUUUUUACAAAAUUAUGCACAAUGAAAAUGCUUACGAACAUAUGUACUCCUACGUGGAAAAAUUCUUGCCGUCCUUUUUCUCGCUCAAGGACAGUAAAGAAAAAAUGGAGAAAUAUUUUUAUGUGAAAUAUUUACCGCUAAUCGCCAAUGUGACCGUUCAGUAUAUAUAUAAUGCUAGUCUAUUGAAGAAGGGAGGGAGAAACCAGAAACAAAUUUUAAAGGGGGAGCAGGAUGGUCAGAAAAAAACGGGCCCUGAUGAGGUCACCAUCUCGGAAGUAAAACACAUGGACAUGUUAAAAACACUUCGCAACCAGCUAGUGCACAUUUUAAAAUACGCCACCGACGAAACUAUCCUGUUUGAGUUUUACGAGCACCUAAUUACCUUCUGCAAAAUCAUGAGCAAAAAAUGGGUCAAGAUUUACAUCCUCCCUUAUUUACUAGCAAAUAUUUACAAGACGAAGAAUAGCUUUAUCCGAGCUCUGGCCAUUCGGAUCACGCUGCGAAUUAUGUCCUACAUUAAUGACAGUGAAACGUACAAAAUGAUUUGUAGCUAUGUGAACCCAAUUCUCUUCGAAGGAAACGAAUUGGCCAUUCUUUUUUUGCUUUCGGAGUGUAACAUCCUCCUGCAGAGGAAUGCGCGCACGGGGGGGCGCUCCACUGCGGUUCCACCGAGUGGUUACCAAAGCGAAAGAAUCGGAAGGAGCGAAAUGAACCAACGGGGCGAAAGGGAAAAACCGGGCAAAAGGAACCAACAGGGCAAAAGGAACCAACAGGGCAAAAGGAACCAACAGGGCAAAAGGAACCAACAGGGCAAAAGGAACCAACAGGGCAAAAGAAACGAACGGGGCAGAAGAAACGAACGGGGCAGAAGAAACGAACGGGGCAGAAGAAACAAAAGGCGCAUACUCUUCUUGCACAAACUUAAACUAAACCACCUCCGCAACCACCCCUCUGUAGCCAUUCGCGAUUUGGUACACACAAUCCAGGGCAAUCUGCUCCAAAUGGCCACUUAA